UGGACCAUACAUACUCAAAUCAAGACAGCCCAGUAGAAUGGCAUGUCUUUUCGCAAUAAAUGCAGGUGUUUCAUUAUGAGAAUGAUCAGGUCGCUCGGUUGCAUCAAUAUAUAACAGUCCGAAAACCCUGGAAUUGAUAUGCGACGCUGUAAAUUAACGCUUCCUCUCAACUCAGCGGAUUUCACGUUCGGUCUUACGUCACUGGUCUGGGAGUGAAUCAUCAUAAGAUAAUAGGGAUGCUGCGCCCGUGAACUGGACCAUCGCACUUAUUUUAAAAUAGCUAAUUUUGUCAUCUUAGUCUUAUCAUGGAAGAAAUACUGCGGAAGCUACAGAAGGACGCAUCUGGAAAUAAGCACAAAGCAAUUCGGGAUUCGUGCGUCUUCGCCUGUGAAACCCUUCAGAAACAAACUGGAUCGGCCACGAUUCCACCGUCUCGGCUCAGAGAAAGAUGCCUUCUCCCUCUUCAGCUGGCACUGGAGUCCAAGAACAUGAAACUGGCCCAGACUGCCCUCACAGGAAUGCAGAAGAUCCUGUGUGAGGACAGGUUUGUGGCUGUGGAGAUGGAGGCUCUGGAGAGCCAGCUGUUGAGUCAGAUGCUGGAUGCAGUGAGGGUGACCCCCAUGCUCCACGAGGACCUGCAGGUCGAGGUCAUGAAGGUCCUUCUCUGCAUCACGUACUCCUCCACCUUUGAGAUCAAUGGAGACUCCAUCCUGAGGAUUGCUGAGGUGUGUAUCGAGACGUACAUGUCCAGCUGUCACCAGCGCAGCAUCAACACGGCCGUGAGGGCCACCCUCAGCCAGAUCCUGGGGGACCUCGCCCUGCAGCUCAGACACAGACAGGGAGUGGAUGGCGAAGACCCACCAGUGCCCGCACACCAGCGCAGAGAUGUGUCUCCCACUGCACAGUCCCUGUGUGAGGACGUUGUGACUGUGAUAACCGUCUUCUGCGAGAAGCUAGAGGGGGUUGACCAUGAGAACCAGCUGCUCCAGCUGCUCUACCUAGAGUGCAUCUUGUCCAUCCUCAGCAGCUGUCCUCCCACCAUGCACCUGAACAGAGGCUUCACAGACCUGAUCUGGAAGCAACUUUGUCCUACGUUGGUGGUGAUCAUGGGAAACCCUGUGAACGACAAGACCAUCACCUCGGCCCACAGCCACGGAGGGGGGUGUCAGGAUCCAGACCCCUCUCUAGGUGGUGUGUCUGACCAGGGCCGGGGAUCCGGCUGUUCCUCCACCACCCCGGCCAUGAUCGGCCCGGUGGUGCGGACCAUCUGCUACGUGGCUGCUGAGCUUGUGCGCCUGGUGGGCUGUGUGGAGUCCAUGAAGCCUGUUCUGCAGUCGCUGUACCACCGCAUCCUGCUCUAUCCCCCCCCACAGCACCGCGUGGAGGCCAUCAAGAUCAUGAAGGAGAUUCUGGGAAGUCCUCAGCGCUUGUUUGACCUGGCUGGUCCCUGUGUUAUAGAGCCUGAGUCUAGGAAAAGGUCCUUCUCCAAGAGGAAGUCUCACUUGGACCUGCUCAAACUGGUGAUGGAUGGCAUGACAGAGGCCUGUAUGAAGGGGGGCAUCGAGGCCUGCUACUCCUCAGUGUCGUGUGCCUGUGCCCUCCUGGGAGCUCUGGAUGAGUUGAGUCAUGGGCGUGGCCUACAGUCAGAACAGGCCCGCAUGCUGCUGCGCCGAUUGGACGAGCUGAAAGAGGGGGCAGAAUCCACGCGGGAGUCCAUGGAGAUCAAUGAGGCGGACUUCCGCUGGCAGCGCCACGUCCUCUCGUCGGAGCACGCUCCCUCUGAGCCCUCUGCCAUCUCUGCCACGGAGCGCAGUCCUGACAUCAGCAUCAGCGUCACCACCGAUACGGGCAAGACCACUCUGGAUGGGGAGCUGGGACAGACCACUCCAGAGGGGCAGGAGUGUGGUGAAGAACCCCAGCUGCCUUCGCCUUCCUCCUGCGGGCCGGAUGCUGACCCUGAGCUACGCACCUGUGUGAGGGAGCCAGGCGCCGAGCCCGGAGGACCCCCAGACGUGGUGCAGCGCAGCCACGCGCUUGUCUACCCCGACAUCACUAACUUCCUGUCCGUGGAUGCCCGGGCGCACCCUCACGGCUCGCGCUACAGCGAGAGCAACUUCAGUGUGGAUGAGGGGGAGAUGUCGCGCACUGAGUUUGAUUCAUGUGACCAGUACUCCAUGGCGGCGGAGAAGGACUCGGGCCGCUCGGAUGUGUCCGACAUGGGCUCUGAUAACUGCUCCCUGGCCGAUGAGGAGCAGACACCCAGGGAUUGUCCCGGUCAUCGCUCCCUGAGGACGGCAGCCCUUUCCCUGAAGCUACUGAAGAACCAGGAGGCUGACCAGCAGAGCGCCCGGCUCUUUGUCCAGUCUCUGGCCGGCCUGUUGCCUCGCCUGCUGGGGAUGCACAGCACGACAGACGUGGACACGUCCCUGCAGAACUUCUCCUCCACAUUCUGCUCCGGCCUACAGGCUGGUGGCAUCCAUUCACCAGGCUAUGAGGGCAGUGAGAACCUGAACUGUCAGGCCCUGAUGAACGCUGACGGCCUUUACCUGGUCUCCUACUACGCCUUGCUCCUCAGCCUCAAACUCUGCUGCCAGGACUACUACCGCAGGAGGCCCAUGCCUGUACUGGUCAGCCUGAAAGAGUUUGUUCGUCUCAUCCAGAGCAGUGGGGUGCUGGUGGUGCUGUCUCAGGCCUGGAUCGAGGAGCUUUACCUCCAGGUUUUGGACCGGAACUUGCUGGGGGAGGCUGGCUACUGGGGCUCACCAGAGGAACACUCCUUACCCCUCAUCACCAUGCUAACUGACAUCGAUGGUCUGGGCAGUAGUGCCAUCGGAGGUCAGCUGAUCCGUAAGGCCAACACACAGUCCCCCUUCAGCUGUGACAAGAGUGGCAGUGACACCCUCAUGGCAGGCAUAGUGUUUGCUCGCUACAUCCUGAUGGGCUGCUGGAAGAACCUGAUGGACACCCUAUCCACCCCACUGACAGGGCGCAUGGCGGGCAGCUCCAAGGGCCUGGCCUUCAUGCUGGGUUCUGAGGGGCUGAAGGAGCAGAGCCAGAAGGAGAGAGACACCAUCUGUCUCAGCCUGGAUGGACUACGCAAGGCAGCCGGACUCAGCUGUGCUCUAGGUGUGGCUGCCAAUUGUGCCUCGGCUCUGGCCCAGAUGGCGGCAGCCUCGUGUGUGCAGGAGGAGAAGGAGGAGAGGGAGGUGGGCGAGUCUGGAGAUGCCAUCACACAAGUCAAGCAGCGUGUGGAGCAGAAGCUUGAGCAGAUGGGACGUCCUCAGGGGGUGCGGCUGCACACGGCCCAUGUGCUCUGCAUGGAGGCCAUCCUCAACGUGGGCCUGGAGAUGGGCAGCCACAACCAGGACUGCUGGCCCCAUGUCUUCAGGGUGAGCGAAUAUGUCAGCUCUCUGGAGCACAGCCACUUCAGCGACGGCAACUCCCAGGCCACCAUGACCAUCACCCAGGCCCAGCAGGCUGUAGACCUGGGGCUGGAUUUGUGUGGCGAGCCUAGUCCGGACAGAGAUCUGGCCCUCAGCAGCCAGCCGGUCAUCCAGCCCCAGUCCAUCCAGGAGCUGUUAAGGGAGGGUAGGGGGAAAGGCCUGGACCGUAGCCUGAUGACUGGGACCAGCGCAUCCAAGGCCGUCUGCACCCUAUCUACACAGACAGACAGGUUAUUUGAGGACUCUGUCAGUAAACUGAACAUGGUUAGCCUGGUGGGUUUCCUGCACCAGCUGAGGAGAGCAUCUCAGUCCCAGCUCUUUGACUCAGUCACUGAGACAGGAGACUACUCCUUAGCCAUGCCAGGAGAGGCCAAGUCCACCAUGGACAGGCGUAGCACCCUGCAUUUGUUCCGGCUGGGGGAGGCCAUGCUGCGGAUCGUGAGGAAUAAGACCAGACCCCUGCUGCACAUGAUGAGGGCCUGGAGCAUAGUAGCACCGCACCUGGUGGAGGCUGCCUGCCACAAAGAGCGCCAUGUAUCCCAAAAGGCUGUGUCCUUCAUCCAUGAUGUUCUGAUGGAGGUGCUGACCAGCUGGGCAGAGCUUCCCCACUUCCACUUUAACGAGGCGCUCUUUAGACCCUUCGAGCACAUCAUGCAGCUGGAGCUGUGUGACGAGGACGUGCAGGACCAGGUGGUCACGUCCAUAGGGGAGCUGGUAGAGAUGUGUUCCCCUCAGAUCCAGUCUGGCUGGAGACCUCUAUUCAGUGCCCUGAGGACUGUGCAUGGGAACAAGCCAGACAUGAAAGACUACCUGAUAGGAGAAUAUUCCAUGGGGAAGUCUCAGGCGCCUGUGUUUGAUGUCUUUGAAGCAUUUAUCAACACCGACAACAUUCAGGUCUUCGCCAACGCAGCAACUGACUACAUCAUGUGCCUUAUGAAGUUUGUCAAAGGCUUAGGAGAAGUGGACUAUAAGGAGAUUGGGGACUGUGUCAAUGCCACUGGCUACAGUUCUACAGACCUGUGCCUCCCUGCUCUGGACUACCUGAGGAAGUGCUCUCAGCUGCUUGCCAAAAUCUACAAGAUGCCUUCCAAGCCCGUGUUCCUGGGAGCCCGGCUGGCCAGCCUGCCCAUGAGGGCCCAGGAGAAGUCUGUCAGCAGUGAGGAUGGCAUGGACUGCGUCCUGGCUGAGUUUGACGAUGACACAGGCUUGAUCCAGGUUUGGAUCCUGCUGCUGGAGCAGCUGACUGCAGCGGUAUCGAACUGCCCCCGGCAGCACCAGCCCCCCACCCUGGAACUGUUGUUUGAGCUUCUCAGAGCGCUCACCAACUUGCCAGGACCGGGCUUUGCCAUAUUCUCUGUGAUCCAGCUUCUUCUUCCUGUGAUGUCACUCUGGCUCCAGCGUAGCCAUGGCGACCAUGCGUACUGGGACAUAGCCGCAGCCAACUUCAAGCACGCCAUUGGGUUGUGCUGUGAGCUGGUAGUGGAGCACGUUCAAAGCUUCAUCCACUCAGAUAUUGGCUAUGAGCAUCUGAUCAACCUGAUGCUAAAGGACCUCUUCAAGCUGCUGGUGGCCUGUGUGGCUGAACCUGCUGAGACGAUCUCUAGAGUGGGCUGCUCCUGCAUCAGGUACGUGUUGGUGACGGUAGGCCCAGUCUUCACUGAGGAGAUGUGGCGUCUGGCAUGCUGUGCCCUGCAGGAUGCCUUCUCUGCCACGCUGGAGCCUGUCAAGAACCUGCUGGCGUGUUUCCGUAGUGGUUCAGACAGCUUCUCUGGGGACGCCUGUGAGGUUAAGGUGGCCGCUCCGUCCCACUCCCCCUCUGCUGAGGCAGAGUACUGGAGAAUCAGAGCCAUGGCCCAGCAGGUGUUUAUGCUGGACACCCAGUGCUCCCCUAAAACCCCCAAUAACAAAGAAGGCUUUGAACAUGCCCAGUCCUGUGUGCUCAUCAUAGAGCUCCCUUCAGACCAGCAAUCCAAUGGUCACACUCAGAAAAGGAUUCCUUUCAGAACUAUAGUGGUUAGCUUACUCUCUCAUCAAGUGUUGCUCCAGAACCUGUAUGACAUUCUGCUGGAGGAGUUUAAGCACCCUGGUGAUGCUGAGACCCAGGAGAAGACCACCCCAGUAUCUGAUCCUAGACCAUCUGGUUUCCUGCGCUACAUCUCCAUGCAGAACCUGGCCAUCAUCUUCGACCUGCUGCUGGACUCCUACCGCACAGCCCGAGACUUCGACACGCGCCCGGGCCUCAAGUACCUGCUGAUGAAGGUGUCUGGGGUGUGUGGCGCUGCCAACCUGUACCGCCAGUCUGCCAUGAGCUUCAACAUCUACUUCCAGGCCCUGCUGUGUGCCACGCUCACCAACCAAGAGAGUAUCACUGCUGAGCUGGUGAAGAAGAUCCUUUACGAGGAGGGCGAAGGCAGCUCCGACUCCUCCCAGCAGUGCUCCUCCGAGGACGAGGACAUCUUCGAGGAGACGGCUCAGGUGAGUCCCCCGCGGGGGAAGGAGAAGCGCCAGUGGAGGGCCACCAUCCCUUCACUCAGCAUCCAGCCGGUCAGCAGCGCAGACUGGGCCUGGCUGGUCAAGCGGCUGCACAAGCUCUGCAUGGACCUCUGCAACAACUACAUCCAGAUGCACCUGGACCAGGAGAACCUGGUGGACGAGGCAGUGCCCGUCUUCCGGGGGGACCCCCUCUUCUUCCUGCCCUUCUUCCCCUCCACUCCUGAGACUCCCACUCCCUCCACGGGAGGCCUGUCCGGCCGGGGAACACCCUCAGAUGACAGCGUGCGCUCCCACCUGGCAGAGACGCCGUCGGAGGACACACACAGCCCUACUGCUGGCUACUGCAUGGACAGCCUGCCACACCUAAGAGGGGAGAGGAGAGACCCAGCGGGUCGCAAGAAGGAGUGGUGGGAGAGUGCUGGGAACAAGCUAUAUACCAUCGCCACCGACAAGACCAUCACCAAGCUGAUGAUGGAGUACAAGAAGAGAAAGCAGCAGCACAACCAUUCCACCUUCGUGAAGGAGACCAAGGGGGGAGAGAACAGGGGCGAGGCAGGGACGAUGAGGGGCCCAGAGUCCUCCAACCCACAGAGGCCCCAGCAGCUGGUGGACCCGGGGCCCAUGAGACACUCGUUCAGUGCCGGGCCAGAGGUGCUGAGGCAGGAGAAGAUCAGACCCCGCUCCGGUUCUACAACAAGCUCCCACAGCGUCUCCAUUAGAGACUCAGAGGCUCAGAUACAGGCAUGGACUAACAUGGUUCUGACCAUCCUGACUCAGAUCCAGCUCCUUCCAGACCCUACCUUUGUGGCCCUGCAGCCCGCCGUGUUCCCCUGCAUUAGUCAGCUGACCUGUCACGUGACUGACCUCCGUGUGCGCCAGGCAGUGCGAGAGUGGCUGAGUCGCGUAGGAAGAAUGUAUGACAUCACUAUGUGAGGAGCAGCUGCGUUCCUUACAGUGUUUGUAAAGGGGAGACUCAAAGGCUCAGCCAAUGAGAAUCUGCAUUGCCACUUUUAGCCGCAUUCAGUUUGAUUGUAAUUUACAAGAAGUCAUUCAGUUUGAUUGUAAUUUACAGGAAGUCAUGCAGUUUCUUUGCUAGGUUUUGCUUUAACGCUGUUACUCCUGAAUGAAAUGGAAGUGAGCUUUUUACCAAAAAUAGAAUUGUUGUGUCUUUAAAUUAGCUGACAUAGCUAUUUAUUGUAGACCCCAAUUUAUGUUUACUACAUAUUAUUUAUAUAAAUUCUUUAAAACUGCAAAUAUGCUAUUACAUUAAGAAUAUAUAUAUUUUGUAUUUAUAUUUGUGAUUUGACAUUGGAAUAACUGUAUAUAAAUCAGAUAUUGUGCUAUAUGAAGAUAUUAGUUCCAGUUAGCUUUACACAUUUCAGUAGUAAAUUGGUGUACUGCACUCUGACAAGAUUCCAAUCUAUAAAUCAGGCAAAAUAAUUUACCAAGCCCAGGCCCCUCUCAGUGAAAUGGAUGAUAUUCUCUUUAGUAUGAAUUAACAUUAACAAAUGUUGUUAAAGAGAGGAGAUGAGAUGCCUUGAUGACACCAGACAGUCACAAGGCCUUGGUGAAAGUGACCCAGUCCCCUCUAGGGAAAUAGACCACAUGACCCUAAUCCAGUGGUAAAAAAAAAUAGGUGGAUAAACUCUAAUUGGCUGUGCAGUGAAAAGAGUACGGCUCCCUAUACUUUCGGAGAAAAAACAUCUGCAAAAGGUAGGUCAACUGUUGGGCCCAAAAUGAUUUUACUCGCAUUUACCCUCCACUACACCACUGCCCAAAUCCAUCCAUUCUUUAACAUGAUAGAAAUACAGCCUUUCUAUUAUCUAAGCACGCCUGAGAUCUCACCAUAUAGGUCAAUGAGUCAUACUCCUCAAUGUCCAAUGAAAUCAGAGAGCAAAUCCCUACAUGUUGAUCCUCAUUGAGAGCGCUGUUGAUAAACAACCCAACAAAUACUGUAAGGCAGGAUUAUGUUUCGUUCAUAUACCCUCAAACCUCAACAACAGUUUGGGUUGGAGCCAUGCUCAGACCUGGUCUGUCUAGAAACGGUCAUCCUUAGAUAAUGUCAGACCCAAACAUGAUGAUUCUCCAAUCACUACGCCUUUCCCUGACCAUACCCGGACUCCUCGCUAGCCCCUCUAUAGGAAAUGUCGGAAUUGCUAUCGUGUUGUCCCUCUCUGACCUCUCUGACCCUGCUCUAAUAGCUGACAUCUGCUUGGGUAUUAAUGAAAAGGGACAGAUGAUUGAACACUCUACAUGUAUCACUAUAAUAUAUGUUCGCCAUUGCUGUUUGUAAAUUUGAGCAGUCAAAGAACAGCCUUUUAUGUACCUCACCCACACAAUUUUGUCUAGGAUUUUAGUAACUUUAGUGCAUUAUUUAUUAGUAGAUAUAAUAUGCACCUGCUCUCAAAACAUGUUCCCUUGAAUGUACAUUUGUUCCCUAAUGUUUUGAUACAGUUGACAUUUUCAUGCUGGCCUCCAAAGAUUAGUUGAAUCUCUGGUAGUAAAUGUCUGCGCUUAAAAGGUAUUAAAAAUAAAUAUAUCUUAUUAGGUUUUCAGCUCUACUGUACUCUAAAAUAGGCAAGAAUUGAAAAAAAAACAUCAGAAAAAAAUUUAAGUUGGCCAAAUGCAUUUGUGAAUAUAGUACAUUUUUAUAUGGAAGCACUCUCAAGCUCAUUAUAGUAACACACUUUUACAAUGAAUCAAGAUGAUUUCAUAGAGAAGAAAACUGAAAAACAAGUACAUUUAAAUGUAGAUAUCUAGAAAGUAACAUGUUAUUAUGUUAGAAUUCUGUCAUGAGUUAAUGUAAUAUUCUACUAUUGAAAAGUUUAGUAAUUGCUUUCAUUGCAUAAUUUGUUGAGCUUAUUCUCAUCUGGUCUCCAUUGCAGUACUGGGGGUAGAAUUUUCAGUGUCAAAUUGAUUUAUUACAGUGCUUUAUAGUGUAUUUUCUUCUGACAACCUGGGACAGUCUUUUGCAUACAUACUGUUUAUUAUAGAAUGUACCUUUUUGUUUACUGUCUUAAUGAAAUGAUCAACUUUGGGAGGUGAAAAUGACUACAAUGACCAAAGACCUGCCCACUGUAUGUGUCUAGGGGCUCUAUUCAAUCUGGAUGGCUGAAGCAUUACAGAUUGGGGCGAUUUUAGAAAUGUAAGGGUCAUUCCGAUUGAGUUGACGCAUACAGCGUUUACCUUGAAUACAGUCUCCAUAGGAAUAUUGCUGUUAAAAUGUCAAGUCAAGCCAACCUGAACUCAGGGGUAUCAUAGUAAAUGUAAAUUUGUGUGGUAUGUAUUAAUUUGUGGAUGACCAUCAUCCAUUCCAUAUAUAUUACAAAUUUGCAAUACGUAUGAUAUGUUACGAAUUCCAAUUUGUUGCGGUUAAAUUUAGCUAGCUGGCUAACGUUAAGGUAGGUAGGGUUAGCUAACAUGCUAAGUAGCUGAAAAAAUAGUUGCUAAAUGCAAAAGUUGUCCAUGAUAAGAUUUGAACACGCAACCUUUGGGUUACUAUACGUUUGCGUUAUAUUACAACCAAACAUCAUCCUUUUGUUUUUGCCUUCAGUAACCUUCUGUUUCAUGUAACCAUACCAAACGAAACAUAAACUAUUUUGAGUUUUCCCAAAAUGUACAUUUUUUAUGUUAACUAUAGUCUGAGACCAGGCUCAUCAUGCUGUAAAGCUGAACUUCAGCAAUAAAGAUUGAAUGGAGCCCUUGAUGUAAACUGCUGAUGAUUAUUAAGUUCCAUUCGUUCAUAUACUUUUAAAGCAUCAUCUCUCUGGAAAUUAUGCUGAGCAUGCAGCUUGUGAAUGUGUUUAUAUAGAGGCACUAUCUUCUAACUGUUGAUCCUUUCCAAGAAACGUAUCAUCUGCCAUAGCUUCCUAUCUGCUGAUUGAGGAUGAAAAGGGAGCAGGACCCGGAGAGAGUGCGUAGGCAUAUAAGCGGCUUUGAGAGAGAAACCGUCGACUAUUCCUUAUUGUCUGAGUUGAUAAUUUGUGGGUAGAUUGUGACCCAAUUGUUUGACACAGUUUGUUCAAAAUGAUCAGUUUAUGGGAUGAUGGACGUGUAUUUUAAAAACAAUGGAGUGUUUGUGUAUCUAACCAUCCUAGACUGUGGCAAUAUCAUUGCUUCCUAUAACACCUUUUUACUCCUCUGCCCCAAACCGUGUUGAUGCAUUUAUUUGAAACCAUCAAUAGUCCAAUUCCAUAUGUUCUGCAGUGCGGGAGCACAUUACUUUAUGGCGAAUGAAUACUGUAUGAUCAUGAUUCAAAAAAGAUUCAAGGCAAUUCCUUUUGGAGCAAUUUAAACAAUAUUUGAGAAAAAUUAGAAUAUUUUGGAACCCAUAAGUAUGGUCCCAUGAGAUGGCAAUUGUUUUCAACACAGUUCAAUGUGUUUUUUGUUUUAUAACCAAAAUUCACAUGAUUGAAUUAAAAUCACUUGACAUCAAUGGUAGUAUUAUACCUUUUAUUUCAACAAGGAACACAGACUGAGACCAAGGUCUCUUUUACAGCUGGGCCCUGUAGCUGGAGGUGUAUUGUGUAAUGCUUAAUUUAAGGCAAUUUGAGUGAGAAAGUGUUCUAAAAUGUAGAAAGGAAUGUGUGGAGCAUGCCUGACGGUUUCUGUAACGUUUUCAUGCACGAAGACGACUGUUUUGUUAACAGAUUAAUUCUGCCAUCUUAAUUGAAUUUUGUUUGGCUAAACACUCAACUGAUUAUUACAAACAUUUGGUUCAUAUAUUGUUAUUUAUAUGAAUAUGUUUUAUGAUUAUUUUAAUGUUCGGCAACUAAGUGUACAUAUACCGUCAAACUUCUGCCAGUUUGUAAGUUUUUCCUCUGAAUGACUAUGGUCGGUAUUAUGGAUGAACUGAAUGGCACAAGCCUGGCAGAAAGAAUGUCUUGCUUAGGGCUCUAUUCAAUCCCUAUCGUGGAAGUUCUGUGUUACAGCAUGAAAUUUAAAGGCAACGUUUCAGCGUUCGUGGAGACUGCAUUCAUGGUAAACGCUGCAAAUGUCGGCUCAAUCAGGAAUUACAGUACCUUUAAAUAUCUAUCACACAAUCUGUAAUUCUUCAACGACACAGAUUCAAUAGAGCCCUAAGAGGGCCAAUAUUGUCAGUGAUUUUUAAAAGCUUUUUUUCUGCCUUUGAUAAAAAGUAACUUAUAAUGUUUGUGUUCUUUCUCUGGCUGGACUCCCUUGCUGAUGUAAUUUGUCUUCAGAUUGUAUGUAUUCAUGUUUGUAUUCAUACUCAGUAUAUUUCAAAGCGCUUUUAUGUUGUGUUGUAGAAUAAACAAACAAAUCGA